AUGGAGAAUGAAAAAACACCGCUUUCUACUAUCCAACAUUCGUGUAAUUACUCGAGUGAGAGCUCAGAACUUACCGCAUGUGUGACUCCUCAAACUCCCAUGACUUUUGCAAGGAAAACCACCACCACUUCCCUCCCUUGGCAUAUUAACCUAAUCCACAAAAUUAUCUCAAACAAGACGGAGGUGUUUGCGAUCAAGCAAAAGCGGAUAACAGGGGUUCUACAAAAACUCGAGGCCCACCAUCAAGCCUGGCUGGAGGAGGUUGCCAUGGACCCCCAACUGCCCUUUCAUUGCUUUUCCCUCAUAGAAGGAUUGACCAAGGCGCGACCGUUCUUUGGGAAAGGGCGACGGGAGGAGCACGUGAGCAGCGCGGAGGAGGAUUCGGGCUGGGAUGGGGCCUCCCCGUACUUUUCCGAGGGCCUCAACGACACCCUCUGCGUUUGCCUGCGCAGCGCCAUCCCCCACCACGGCUCAGCCGCGGCGUUGACGACGCUGCUGCGCGGGGCGGUGGAGCUCGAGCUCGUGGAGCUGUCGGCCCUUCAACAUAUCACACAUCAACUCACCCGUCGGGAACUGCCGCCUGGGCCCUCCGCGGCCGACGCCGUGGAGGUGCUUUGGCUGCUUUCCCUCGCCGUCAAGCGCUGUAAACUGCCGCCGCCGUCGUUAAAUUCGCUGCUCUGCGGCCUUUCCGGCGCUAAACUCACCCCGCGAGAAGCCUUGCACGUUUUUUCCGCGCUGGUUCGAUUUCGAGAUCGCUCCACGAACGAAGUUUUCGAAAUCCUAACACGCCGAGCCGUGGUGGAUGUGGGGGCAUACACCACGCGGGAUGUUGUUUUUGCCUUGCAGGCGAUUACACUUCUGGAUAAUUCAAAUAUCGCCUAUGCGCGAGCUUCGCUUCAGCGCUGUGCGGAGCUCGCGCCCAAAAUGUCUGCAAAAGAAAUCGGCGAUGUCUCGAAAUACCUCGCGCUUCUCCAUUCCGGUCGAAAAUACAAUUCCAUCGCAGAGGGCUGCGCGAAGGAGCUACGGGAAGCCCUUCCCGCAAUUGCCGCUUGCGCGGAGGAACUCCUGGGGUCCUUUACCCUUCGCGAUGCCCGAAAUGUGCUCAAAUGCCUUACGGUUCAUAAAGUACGCCAUGCCAUUUUGUUUUCCCGCCUUACACCGUUCGUAUUGGAUGAUUAA